CCAGAGAGUCCCGCAACACGCACCAUGUCCCUCCCCUCUGAUGUGUGCAAUACCCACAGCUGUCCGCCUGUCUGCCCGGUGUCUAUCGAUCAAACACCAUGGCCGCGACAACCGGCCCCAACACCACUCGCGCCAGCCGAGUGGUCACGGGGAAGCGAUGCUUGAAGGCGUCACCCACCCCACCGCCCACGGCCGGCUCGGUGGUGAAGACCGAGACCACAGGCAUCACUGCAGGCAGCCAGACAAACACACCGAUGAAUGACAGCAGAAGAAGCAGAUGCAUGUGCUGAGCUGUAGGUGCUGACUGACUGACUGACCUUGGUCGUUAUUGGAUCGUUCCCAGAUGCGAACCCACGCGACGAAUGAGUGGCUGUUCUUGUCGGUCAGCACCAGACGCCGGAAGAAAGUUCUGCGGCCGGGGAGGCAGUGCGAUGUGGUUGUGGUGCAUCCCUCUACUGGCGCGUGAGGCGACUGCCUGAGGAUUGUGUACACCCGGUCGCUGCCACCAUGCCUGGAAGACACACAGACAGAGGAAACCAAGGCAAACGGGACAAACACGUGCAUAUGACAGAUACAUACGUGCAUCGUGUGUGUCCUGAAUGAAUGACCUGUCGAUGUCAUUGCUGAUGGUCCUGCUCUGGUGAGUGAGCGCAAAAUGGUCGAGGAGGGUGUUCUUGACAAACGAAGAUACCGACGCAGUCGUCACCGGACCAGCACCCGCCACCCAGCCAUCGCCCAGACAACACUCGACUCGGCUGUUGACUGGGGGGUCAUGCUGCCGUCGGUGUCGCUGGUAUAGGUGGCCGGGGGGGAGGGGAGGGUCAACUUGCAACUCGAAGCCAAUCUGGUCUCUGAUGGCCCGCAGCCUCCCAUUGUCGUGCUCGAACAGCUGGAAGGUCACGCCGUUGCCCAUGUGGAUGUGCCGGUCGACCAUCUUGAGAUGAGCCAACACACGCGGCUCGGCCAAAUACGCCUGCACACACAAUACACAUGACCAGUAAGAACCCCAUUAUUCCGUUUCCUCCUCUGUCGGCUCACCAUCUUGUUUGUGCGUUGGUGCAGAUCAUCAGCAGUGAGCCUCAAAGGCAGCUGGCAGCAGCCGCACUGCCCCGCCAGCUCGAUCACCUCGCAGAUCUCACCCCAGCCGCCCAACUCGAUCACACACACGGCCGCCAGCAGCUCACGAUCACACAUCUGCUCAUCGUCCCAUGUCAGCAGGUGUAUUGUUGGCCGUCCAUUGGCCGUUCGUCGCAGCCCCGCCUGUGUGCCGAGAGAGUGGCUGAGCCGCUGCCGCAGCUGAGGCGCUCUGAAGAGGUCUCUGAGCCAUGUGCAAACUGCCCUCAGACGCAGCACGUCACCGAUGCUGAGCAGAUAGAAGCUGCGCCGGCCGACAAAGAUAUGAGUGAAGGGAUGCUGCUGAUGCUGCUGAUGCUGCGUGUGCUGCAUCACGCCUGGGACGGAAUGGAUGGAUCAGCGGCAGGAGAGGCGGCGGUCGGAGAAGGCGACGGGAAGCGAAACGCCGGAGCAAAAGAAGGGCCACUGCUGCGAGCUCAGUCCGCAACACGUACGCCUGUUCGCAGAUUUGUGUCUUGACAGCAGGAGUGGACGCCAGCGAGGUCUUCUGAUCGUCGCCUGACUGGAAAAGAGAGAGAUUGAGGAGCUGUGUUUCUGCCGCUGCGGCGCAUGUGUGUGUGUCGCGUGUUCAGGCCUGUCUGUUGCGAUCAAUGCCAGUGGAAGGUGUUGGGCCUGUGCCUCACGAAGAGGAUCUGUGGCUGACUGAGCCACAAUUGAAUGAGGAUGCUAUUCAAGCGACUUCCAUGGCCGACUUCGGCGUGGGGUACCUCUCGGAGGCGGCUCCCCCUUCGGAGAAACCCAACUCAAGGCCGGGCAAGGUCCUGGGUCCUUACGUGCGCCUCAUGGUCCCCGUGGUGUGUCGGAAGUCGCCGCCACUCAAUGUCCCACGUAACGGCAGCUCCGCAGAGCGCUCAACGUGGUGUUCCUGGUCCACACGGGGACAGCGUUCAGCUACCUCAGCGAGAAGACGAUGAGGGCGCUCGGCGCGGGAACGUUCCCUGACGGCACCAUGCUGCGGGGCAUGUGGGUGC